ACGUACGCGGCCCCAGCAGGCCACCUUUGGUCGCUGAUAAAGGCCACCGUCACCUUCUGCUCUCUACCUGUUGCCCAGGAGACUAACUCAGCCGCAUCACUUCCUUCUGAUCUCCACCUGGGGGAAGUUUUUUCAUCGUUGUCGUCAUGGCUGUGACCAACCAACCAGGCAAAUACGAGCCAUCUGACUUCCAGACGGGUCUGUGCGAGUGCUGCGAUGACCUUAGAGUCUGUUGCUGCGGGUUUUUCUGCCUGCCGUGUCUCGGCUGCUCCAUCGCCCGCGACAUGGACGAGUGCUGCAUGUGCGGCAUUGGCAUGCCGAUCCGCGCCGUCUACAGAACCAGAUACAACAUCAGGGGAUCUCUGUGUAAGGAUUUCUAUGCGGUCGCCUGCUGCUUGUCGUGCGCCACCUGCCAGCUGAAGCGGGACAUCAAGCGGAGGAAGGAGCAGGGCAUUUUCUAAACAGACGAGACGUCAUGACGACGGAGAAGUCGUAAACCUCCCCCUGGACUGAUGAGGAGGAGCCUUUCUUUCUCUCUUGAUGAAGAAAUUAUUCUGCUUAUAACGUUUUGUUUGUUCUUUUUACGUUGUGCCGUUCACCUUUUCCAUCAAUAGCCUCGUGAAUCUUUGUUUUUCUUAUAUCCACAAACCUUUGCUCCACAUUGGGAAGCCAUGUUUAUCUCCUGCUAUUAGUCCCACCCUGGGUUAUGAUGUCCUGCGGUCAUUAAAAUAUGCCGCUGAUAGUUUAACAUUAUGUUGUAAAACUCUUCGUUUCCAUUGACACUAGCUUGUAAAACUGCGGUCAUUUUCCACAGGGAGGCUCUUGGAACGCGUGAAAACUUGAUUUUAGAUUAAAUAGUUUUAAUAAC